UGGGCUUCCACCAAAAAAACAUAGUACUUCCCUGGGCAUGCCUUUACGCCCCAAAACAAUAAUAGCAAAAUUCUUUGGUGUCUUCCAGUCAUUUGGGCUUGAAUAAAGCCGUGGACUUUUUCUUUAAUAGAGAAAGUGAGCCUUCAACCACAUUACUCAUUCCCUCAUUAUAGCCAAAAUGAGCCUAAUGGAUGAGCAGAAUGUUUUGUGACUUUCAGUAGUUCAUGAUUGAUAUGACAGUCCUAUAAGUGAAGAGAAUAUGCCAAUAUCGGACGAAAGGGAUUUUCCUCAACUGGGAAAGCAUUUGGCAGUCCUCGUGUACAUGAAAGAUUCCAACGCCUCCCCUGAGAAAUGAGAAUGGAAGCACUCCAGGCUCCACUCUGCGGUCUACAGCUUCCCUUUCAGACUUUUCAUAAAAUAAAAAAAAAGCUUCCCUUUCAGACUUUCAGCGCUUACCAGUCACCACUACAGGUUAGAAGGACGACGCGACGCAAUAGACAACAUGAUUCUAACUCUAAGACCCUUUUUGAAACUGAAAGAAAUCCAAAUCGGGCAGACUCUCAAAACCCUCCCACAACUCUCUAUUUCAUUACACUCUCACCCCUUUCUUUACGGAUACUCGGCCGUGGCAUUGGAUCCGGAGAUUCAAGCACUACAACUGUUCGACAAAAUUCCGCACAGAGACCUGUCUGAGUGGAAUAACUUGCUCUUCCACUACUCUCGCAAUAAUCUCAAUCGAGAAGCUCUGAAUCUCUUCUUGGAGAUUCGUCGAUCACAAGUGCCUGUUGAUGCCUCUACUCUCUCCUCUAUUCUUAAGGUCUGUAGCUCCUUGUUGGAUCGAAUGCUGGGCAAACAGAUACACUCUCACUGCAUCAAAUCCGGUUUCGAAGCUGAUAUUAGCGUUGGUACUUCUCUUGUCGACAUGUACAUGAAAAUCAAUGCGGUUGGGGAUGGAAAGGAAGUAUUUGAUAAUAUGCCAGAGAGAAAUGUGGUGUCUUGGACUUCAUUGCUUGCAGGUUAUACACUCAAUGGGAUGGUUGACUGCGUUCUGGAACUCUUCCUUCAGAUGCAAAUUGAGGGAAUUAAACCCAACCCUUUCACCUUUGCAAGUGUUCUUGCUGCUUCGGCCGCUCACUCUAUGGUGGAUGGAAUUCGAGUUCAUGGGCAGGUUAUAAAACUUGGUUUUGUGUCUACCACAUAUGUGUGCAACUCCUUGAUUAAUAUGUACUUGAAGUCGGGACUAAUCAGAGAUGCUAGAGUGGUGUUUGCAGGAGUGGAAAACAAGGAUGCAGUUUCUUGGAACUCCAUGAUUGCUGGACUUGUAUUGAAUGGUUUUGAAAUGGAAGCUCUAGAACUCUUCCACCAGAUGAGACUUGCAGGUGUUAAGCUGACCCAGUCCGUAUUUGCAUCAGUUACUAAAUUAUGCUCUAACCUUAAGGAGCUGCCCUUUACAAAACAGGUGCAUUGCCAGGUCCUGAAGAAUGGAUACGGAUUUGAUAACAGCAUUGGAACGGGAGUUAUGGUAGCAUAUGCUAAGUGUGGUGAAAUGAAUGAUGCUUCUGUUCUGUUCUUUAUGAUGAAUGGUUUGCAGAAUGUGGUCUCAUGGACAGCUAUCAUUUCUGGGUGCUUGCAAAAUGGUGGAAUAGAUCAAGCUGUUGAUCUAUUUUGUGAGAUGAGCAGGGAAGGUGUCAGGCCAAACCACUUCACGUACUCAACCAUCCUUACCGCUUCACCCACUAUUUCACCAUUCCAAAUCCAUGCUCAAAUUAUCAAAACUAAUUAUGAGAACUCACCUUCAGUUGGUACUGCUCUACUGGAUGCUUAUGUUACGAUUGGAUAUACCCAGGAAGCUGCAAUUAUUUUUGAACAAAUCAAUGAGAAAGACAUUGUAGCCUGGUCUGCUAUGCUGGCGGGAUAUGCCCAGGUUGGAGAUUCUGAAGGAGCCAUUAAACUUUUCUGUGAGAUGCGCAAAGAGGGUUUUCGGCCAAAUGAAUUCACUUUCUCUAGUGUUAUUAAUGUGUGUGCACGUCCUACAGCUGCAGUAGAGCAGGGGAAACAACUUCAUGGGAGUUUAAUCAAGUUUGGUUUGGAAAAUUCCAUAUGUGUAAGCAGUGCCCUAGUUACUAUGUAUGCAAAGAGAGGGAGUAUAGAAAGCGCUCACGGAAUUUUCAGGAAUCAAGAGAAGAGAGAUUUAGUUGCAUGGAAUUCAAUGAUCUCAGGCUAUGCACAGCAUGGUUGUGGGAAGAAGGCACUUGAGAUUUUUGAGGAAAUGGAGAGCCAAGGCUUAGAAUUGGAUGGCAUUACAUUCAUUGGUGUCAUCUUGGCCUGUACUCAUGCAGGUCUUGUGGAUGAAGGUGAAAAAUACUUUGCUUCAAUGAUCAAAGAUAAUCAUAUCAAUCCAACAAUGGAGCACUAUGCAUGCAUGGUUGAUCUCUAUAGUCGAGCUGGAAAGUUAAAAGAAGCCAUGGACCUCAUAACAGAGAUGCCAUUUCCAGCAGGUGCAACUGUGUGGCGAACAUUAUUGGGAGCUUGCAGGGUUUAUCGUAAUCUAGAGUUGGGGAAGCUCGCAGCAGAAAACCUCAUAUCUCUUGAGCCACAAGAUUCAGCUGCUUAUGUUUUGUUGUCAAAUAUGUAUGCAGUAGCUGGAAGAUGGGAUGAGAGAGCCAAGGUGAGGAAGCUAAUGGAUGAAAGAAAUGUGAAAAAAGAGGCUGGGUACAGCUGGAUUGAAGUAAAGAACCAGAUUCAUUCAUUCAUGGCAUCUGAUCAAUCACAUCCCUUAUCAAAUCGCAUAUAUGCAAAACUUGAAGAACUAAAUGCACGAUUAAAGGAUGCUGGAUACUGCCCAGAUACAAGUUUUGUCCUUCAGGAUGUAGAGGAGGAGCAUAAAGAAGCUAUUCUAUCUCAACAUAGUGAAAGGCUGGCCAUUGCACUUGGAUUAAUCAUCACCUCUCCAGGUGUCCCUCUUCAAAUUGUUAAGAACUUAAGGGUAUGUGGUGACUGUCACACUGUUAUUAAGUUGAUUUCAGUUACUGAGGGAAGAGAUAUUGUUGUACGGGAUUCAAACCGUUUCCACCACUUCAAGGGUGGCUCUUGCUCAUGCGGGGAUUAUUGGUGAAAUGUCAAUUAAAUAGUUGCAAAUUGGUUGCCCAUUUCAAGCAUUCGAAGAAGCGUGAUCAAUCCUAGUAAACACCCCCCAAAACAAAAAAAAAGUUAAUGAUCAAUCCAACAGGACAAUUAACAUGCAAAGGAUAGACAGCUUUUGGAGGUCUCUGCAGACUCACAAUGCGAUGAAGAGUGUAGCACAAAAUGACUUGCAUAUGCAAUACAUUAAUCCAUGUCCCAUGUAAAGAAUCACCAAACAACUUUUUGAAUGUUUGGUGACUUGUUAUAGAAAACUGCAGUUCUAAACCAAAUGUUAUUUAUUCACAUAUAGAAUAAUUGGUUUAAACUUUUUUGGUAUUGAUGUAAGGGAAGGGACUCUGAUUAGAACCAUCGUAGUCCUGAAGUUACCUUUUUUGUCCUGUAAAUGCUGGCUUAUGUCUCAUUUUAAUCUUGCUUGAUAACAAUUUCAAGCAACAAAUGAAAUAAACAGAAGUGCAUGGCCA